AUGAAGUUGCUGUGGCUUCAUCUGCUGAUAUGUAUUUAUGCCACUCUGGCGUUGUGUGCCGAGAAAAACCCAUGGCAGGAGAGACAUCACGUGACGCACCGCAACCGCGUAAAAAGGGGCUGGAUAUGGAAGGAGAUGUCCACUCCUGAGCAGCAAACACGACUUCCCUACCGCAUCGGAACGCUGAGAUCCGAUAAGCCAAAUGGCAAGUAUGUCCUUCAGGGAGAAUUUGCCAACACCUACUUUAAGGUUCAUGAGGUCUCAGGGGACGUCUAUGGCUGGGCAACACUGGAUCGCGAGAAGAAGGCAACAUAUAAUCUAACAGCUCUGCUCGUAGACAAAAAUACCAUGAAAACCCUGGAGCCUCCGGAGGUGUUUGUUAUAAGAGUGAUCGAUAUUAAUGACAAUGCUCCCGUUUUCAAGCAAGAGUCAUACAAUGCAUCAGUCCCAGAAAUGUCCAAACAUGGUACCCUUGUGACAGUGGUCACUGCAGAGGAUGCUGAUGACCCCACCAUGUCUGGAAAUGCCAUUGUGAAAUACACAAUAAUUCAAGGGCAAGACAAAUUCUCAAUUAAUGAAGAUAGCGGGCACAUUUAUACAAGCGUCUCGAAUCUGGACAGAGAGGAGCAAGCUACCUAUGAAAUCAUAGUGCAGGCCAGAGACAGUCCUGGCCAAGUCGGAGGUUUAUGGAGUACAGCCACAGUGACCAUUCAUUUGAACGACAUCAAUGACAACUUCCCAACGUUCACACACGAUGUGUUUAUUUUCAACGUUUCUGAAGAUCGGAGAGUGGGGGAUGUGAUUGCAAAACUUUCAGUAAUAGAUAUAGAUGAACCUCAAAAUAGGAACACAAAGUAUAGUUUCUUGAAACAAAUGUAUGUAUGAAGCGUGGUUUCAGAUAAAACCCAACCAACAGACCAACGAAGGACUACUCAUUCUAAAAAAGCCUUUGAAUUUUGAAAGUGAACAUAAGACAUUCAGAAUGACAGUUGAUGCUACAGACUAUUCAAUUGACAUAGGAGCGGCACGACCAGACAAGCGCAAAAGCCUCACCGAAGUUACUGUCAAUGUUUUGGAUGUAGACGAGCCCCCUGAAUUCACAAAACCAUUCUACCUGUUUCAAGUUAAAGAGAACAAUAAAAAGACAUUUUUUCGUGGGCACUGUCACUGCAAAGGACCCUGACAUAGCCAAAAGAAGUGUAAAAUACUCUCUCAAACCAGAGAGAGAUGACAUCAUCAUAAGAACAAGUGGAAGCAUUUAUAUUAAUAAGCCCUUUGACAGAGAAACAAGCGCCUGGCACAACAUAACUGUGACUGCUGAGGAAAUUGACUCUCCGACAAAAAAGGCUUCAUCAGCCAUGGUUUACAUACAAGUUCUUGAUUUGAAUGAUAAUGCACCAGAGCUUACCUACCCAUACACUCCCAGUGUGUGUGAGAAUGUGGUCAACGAACAUGUCAUAUUAAAUAUCUCAGCCACAGACAAGGAUGAACCCUUCCAAGGAAUGAAGUUUACAUUCUCUUCAGCAGGCCCAGAAAACAACUUUACAGUGCGGGAUAAUCACGAUAAUACAGCCAGUAUCAAAGUAAAGAAUGGAGAGUUUAAUCGCAAUGAGGCCAAGUUUUAUUACCUUCCAAUUAUAAUUACUGACAAUGGCAUCCCACCACAGAGCAGCACCAACACAUUGACUAUCACUAUCUGCAAGUGUAAUGAGAAAGGGGAAUUCAUCUCUUGCGAGGAGGCUGGAAAACUUGCCGCGGUGUCUGUCUCCACCAUUAUCAUUGUUCUGAUUGCCAUAUUGCUAAUACUUCUAGCAGUGAUCCUGGCAGUGCUGUUUGUAAGAAGAAUGCAGAGCAAGAGCCCCUUCAUUUUGGGAAAGAACCCUGCAGAGAUACACGAGCAGUUGGUCACCUACGAUGAGGAAGGUGGUGGAGAGAUGGACACCAACAGCUACGAUGUCUCUGUACUCAACUCAGUACGAAGAAAUGUGGUGAUGCCUAAGUAUGAGAUGGAUCCUGGUCCCACCUUAUAUGCUCACAUCCAGAAACCAACCAGAACUGGCGAUAUGUUCUCAAUGAUCGAGGUAAAGAAGGAUGAAGCAGACAACGAUGGUGAAGAGCUACCGUAUGACACUCUCCAUAUAUUUGGCUAUGAAGGGUCAGAAUCCAUUGUAGAGUCUCUCAGCUCUCUAGAGUCUGGAUCUUCAGAUUCUGAAAUUGACUAUGACGUAUUAAAUGAAUGGGGUCCCAGAUUUAAGAUGCUGGCUGAUCUGUAUGGGCUGGAACACCUAGAUGAGUUUCCUUAUUAA